ACGGGUUCUUUUCUUUUAUCUUUUUUCUCCUGCCAUGGCUGAUCAUCACUCUAAUCCUAAUUUCAUCCCGGUUCGACGUUGCUUCACGUGCAAUGAACCGGAUCACUUUUCUAGGGAAUGCCCGAGGAACUUUGGUGCGAAUGGAGUUAUUCUCAGGUCACGCAGAAUGGUGCUUCUUCAUCUGGCCAGACUAAUGCCAUUGUACCCGCACAGGAGGCGGGAUUGCUGGUGCUGCCUGCUCCUUCGUCCUCGACGCAUCAGGAACUCCCGACCGGCAGCGAGGUUGUGCCGGCUGUUCCACGACAAGGAUGGUGGAGGAGUAACCAAGGUAGAUUUAACGAGAUGUACUGGUGGAGUGCUGAGAAGGAGGCGCGUGAGGUGGCGCAGAGGGAGAAGGAGCGAUUGAAGGUCGAAGAGGAGGAGAAGGUUAGGAAGGAGCGUGAGGCUGAGAAUAGACGUAAAGAAAGGCGUGAGUUCCAUCAGGAGAUGAGUGAGGUAUUAAGCCCCCAGCUGAAGGAGAUUUGUGCAACGAUUGUUGGCCCCUGUAAGAUUGGGGAGGCUACAAAGGAGGAUGAGGCUGCUCGUUUACGACGAGAAAACGAGGAAUUCAGAAAGAGUAUGGAAUCGAGAUUGGAGAAACCAACUUUGGAGAACGAGGUGCUGAAGAUGAAGGUUCACGACAGCAACCAGGAAUCGCAGAGAUCUGGAUCCAAACGGAGAGUCGUGGAUCGGAGAGGAUCAACCUACGCUGCCUACAAGAGGAUUUCGGAGGACAAUGAGGCUAUGAAAGCGGAGAUACGGCUGCUUAAGGAGAUGAAGAUACACGCGCAGGUUGAAUCGGUCGAGCUGCGGAAGAAAUUGACGGGAAAAACGCCGUGCCCUGCUCGAUCUGAUCUUAGGGUCUCUUUUGAGGAAGCGGCCGAUUCGGAUGAUGAGGAUGGCGUUGAAGCGCAUCUGACUAGAAACUCGAAGGAAGCCUCGGUCAAAGGACAAGCCUUGAGGAUGGUGGUGUUUGAGAAGAAGGUUAGGCGCGAGCUUCGUGGGUUGCGUAAGAAUCAGGCGCAGACGAUUUGUGACGAGGAAGUAGUUGAGUUCGUGACUAUCAAGCAGGCGAUCGACUCCAUCGUUGAGAAACGGCUUGAUAAGGAGUUCGGAUCUGGUGAAGGUGAGGUUGACCCGAAGAGUGGGGAUUUGCCGAAGGAAGGCACUGAAGAGGAGAUUGCCUCGCUGAUACUCGCUGUCGUCGUCUUCCUGAUUAUCAUCUUCCUCCACGUGUGUUUGUCGUGGCGGCCGUGGAAACAACAACGCAAGAGGAGGGCUUCGACAAGACGGGCGGCAGGGGAACGUCUAAUGGCGGGCAUGCAGGCACGAGCAGCAACUGCUGCAGGUCAGGGAGGAGUUCGAACUUCGGCGGCGGAGCCUCCAAGGCGGUACGACCCAUCCAUGUACACCCAUCUAGAGUCGUGGGAGACGCCAUUGCCCCCGUCGGACGAGGAGCCGGAGAAGGAAGAACUUUCAAUGUUGCCUCUCGCCAGCGGCUCGACUGAGUUGUGGUCGCAGACGGUGCGAGCAGGCGGGUCGGCUGCCGACGAAGGGGGCGAGUUCACGGAGGCGAGCCGUAUGUUCAUCAUCAACGGAGAUCGUUCGGCACGUGGCCUUGAACAUGGUGGAAGUCUGCAUACGGAGCAGUCCACACUUCGUCGCGCUGCACCCGUGACUGGCGCGGUCACGCCAUCGCUAGCAGGACGACAGCAUGGAUCGACUGCUCCGUCCGUCGAGCGAUUGACACCGACCUGGCCCACACGCACUGGGGUCGCAUCAGGGCCCCUGCGCAUGGGCGGUGCACGUUCGCCGAUGCCUGCGUGCACAACACCGAUCGAAUCCGAAUUGAGGGACGAGAGAACGUGCAGAGCGCCGGUACGUUCACGACCCACUGUGGAGAACAUAACCCGUGGAGUGUCCAACAUGCGGGCGCACAGCGAUGGCGGCGAAGACGACGGUGGAUUCGGUGACGAUGCAGACGAAGGGAUGAGGGAGGACGUGGAGGCGGGGGACGACGACGACAACGUUCCUAUUCGGCCUUUGGGGAAGAUGGGUGGGAGGGGGAAAGGACGCGGCAGAGGUGGUGUCCGUGGUCGAUCCGUUGCUUGUGGAAGCAGAGGUGGCGUGAGCGACGACGCCGGGAAGUCUUCGACGUACUGGUCUGCAGAAGACCAAAUGCUCCUGGUGCGAUGCAAGCGGGAGCAAGAUAUGCACCUCGCCGGCUUGUCUCACAAUUACGGGCAGAUGAAGACGAAAGAGUGGAAGUGGGACGACAUGUCGAAGCGGAUGGCGAAUGCGGGGAGGCCGCAGGACGUUGACGACUGCAUGAAGAAGUGGGACAAUCUGUUCCAGAACUACAAGAAAGUUCAGAGGUUUCAGAAUGCCAGCGGCCAAGCAGAUUUUUUCAGGCUGACGAACGAAGAGAGGAAGGAGCACAACUUCAAGUUCCGGAUGGACAGGGCGCUGUACAGCGAGAUCCACGCAGGCAUGGUGGGGAACCACAUGAUUUUCCCUCCCAACGUUGCCGACACCGGCAGUCCGGAGGGGGUGCAGCUGCACAGGCGAGGAGCGGGUGGCCGGGAGUCUGUUUGUAGUGAGGCGGCAGGUGAAGGCUGCCCUGGAGAACGUUCAUCUGCAAGGGAGUCCGACAACAACGCAGUCAGCGGGGCGGGAGGCGGGAGGCGGGAGGCGGGAAGUGGAAGAACGCGCGCCGCGGAAGAGGACAACGCCGACGAUUUCACGAUGGAGGACGAGCAAGGCAAGGCGACAGCGUCCGCAGCAUGGGAGAGUGUUAGGCAGCGUUCUUCAGAUCAGAGCACUUCGAAGAGGAUGUUUACCCCUCCGCCGGAGGCGCCGGAGGCGCCGGAGGCGCAGCAGCUGCGUGGUUGUGAAACGUUGAAAAAGAAGGGUGAUGUGGUGGACGUUGGCAGCGAUGACGACGAACCUUUGGAAAAAUGUCGCCUGCGCACUGCAACACAAUCGACCGCAGCGGUGGUGUCAACGGCUCGUGCUGCGGCGGACAAAAGGCCGACCCCAGGUACACUGCCCAGCACGCCGUCUCAGCCACGUCAGCGCAAUGACGGUGCGUCUGUCCAACAUGGUGGGGGGCGGGGAGUCGUGGCAGACGCGCAAGCAGGAGGGGGCGAGGCGGCAGGUGGCGUGGGUGUGGGUGUUGUAGAUGUUAUGGCUCCCGUUCCGGCGGCGAGAGAGGAGGCUGCAGUUCUGGCGAUGGUGAGAGAGGAGGGUCAUGGACAUAACAAAAACGAACGGGAUGGCGGCGAGGCCGCUUCAAGCCGGGCACGCAGGGGAGUCAUGACGAAAAAGCUCAUCGACCGUGCCCUGCUUUGGGUGGAUGACAAAGCUUUCUGGUUGACGAGUGAAGGUCGCAGACUUUACAACAUCGUCCACGAAACCAAAGAGUACUUCGUCGCCAUUGCCAGCGGCCUUCCGCCACCUGACCUUCCACGGAGCGUUGUCCUCCCCAAAUCCAGCACUAGGGUGGCGAGGAUCUCCGACCAAUCACAACUCCAGCAAGCGAUCUCCCGUGCGGCGGCGGUGGAGAAUAUAGCUCUGCGCAGCUUGCACGACUGGGUUUUCAAGUCCGGGAACCGCCCAAGGGGACCUGAGGACGACGACAUGGCGGCGCACCAGGAGUCCAUCGUCAUCGCCAUCGCGCAUUCAUUCUGCGCGACGGUGCAAAUGGGCGCUCACAUCGACGGCGAUUUCGUCUCCUACAAGCGUCUAUGUCGGGUGGCUGAAUGCUUCAGGCUGUUGCUGGCGGCAUCCAUGUGCAUUAUGCGCAUGGCGGGAGACGAUCCUCGCAGCCAUUACGAAGCAUUUUACUUCGCGGAUCUCGUCGCCAGGCCGACACUAGUCGCCUCCAUGCAUCGCUCCUUCGAUCAUCGACGAUCCGUCGUCCGCGCCACGAACGUCGUCACGGAGAGGCUUGGGAAGGUGAAAGCCACGCUCGGAGUGUACCCCGACUACAUCCCUGAUUGGGGACCAUGCAGCAUCGGAUUUGCGCACGACGCGAGCAUCAAGGGGCCGGAGGAUGCGAAGAGGCUGGAUUGGUUGGGUUCGGGCCCCCCCGAUGAUGACAACAAAGGCGAAGGAAAAGACGACGCAUAAGGCGAGCGGGUGUGCGGGGGUAGAGCGGGGAGACUUCGCUUGUAAGAACGAAG